GCAAAGCUGGAAAAGGCAGUGACGGCCCUGUGAGUGACACUAGUGGGGCCGACCGGGAGCUUCAAGAUUCAGAAGGAGUGAAAGAGAGGGAGAGGAAGAGAGAAAAAGAGGAGGACUACAGAGCAGAGGGUUAAUACUGGUUCCCCAACAGCACCAUGAUGUCUGCAGCACCCCCAAAGAGGAUGGUGUCCUCAGUGUUCAUCACUCUGGCCUCCCCUUACCGCGCCACCGUCACACCCAACUCCCACGUUCACAGCACCAAGGCCAGAGACUCUGGCCUGCCCCUCAGCCCUGGCUAUGGCACCAGUGAGCCUCAGCUCGCCCAGCGCCGACCCUCUGCCACCUUGCAAGAUGGACACAGGAGGACACAGAUGCCUUCGCCUUCCCCAGCUUCAGCUCCAGAACCUUUCCCAGCUUCAGCCCCAGAACCUUUCCCCGAACCCCCUUCACCUGCGGCAACCGUGGGAAAGGACAGGGGCCCUGGGGGAGGAAAGAGCCCCAAACAGGACUCGGCUGCAGAACCCUUCUCUGAUGAGUUUUUUCCCCCUCCGCCCCCUGUGACGUCUCCCCCUGCCCUCUCGGCUGAUCCUGCCAUUCCCCCACCGCUUGCUCCAUCCAUCCAGAACCCCCAUCUCAGCCCCCCUCACCUCCAGCACGCUACACCCACUGCCACAACAGCUGAGGCAGGAGCUCCCGCUGAGAAACAGCUUGAGGAGAGACACCCCUCUGGUGGAGACGAGAAAAAUGAACAGCCUCAGACAUGGCCGGACGACUCGAGGGACAAUGUGGGACUAGAGAGCAGAGAUCUGUGUGGCUUUUGCAGAAAAUCAGUGGCUCUGAGUGAACCUGCCAUCGAGGCCCUAAACAGGACAUACCAUGCCACUUGUUUCCAGUGUCGGCAAUGUCACAUUCCCCUGGCUGGCAAACUGUACUAUAACAAAGCUGGGAUACCACUCUGUGAGGACUGCUACCAGGCCAGCCUGGAGCCCUGCUGGGCCUGCGGUGAGGUCAUCAAGGAUCAUGUGAUUCGUGCCUUGGAACGAGCCUAUCAUCCACCUUGCUUCGUAUGUACGACCUGCAAGCAACCAAUUGGGGAGCAGAGAUUUGCACAGGGAGAGGUUGGGGAGGUGUACUGCCUUCAGGACUACUACAGGAAGUAUGCCCCACAGUGUAGUGCCUGUGACCUGCUGAUCAUUCCGAGAGAGGACGGCACAGACAGCUUCACAGUGGAGUGUCUUGGACGUUCCUUCCAUGAAGAAUGCUAUCGUUGUGAGGUCUGCAGGGUUAUUCUCUCUCCGGAGCCUAAUGAUCAGGGCUGUCACCCACUGGAGGGUCAGAUCCUCUGUAAACCCUGCCACUUGACACUGGUCCAAGGGGCACAGCAGUGAGGCCAAGCUCAAGGCCAGAAGCAAACCAAACAAGAACAACCCUAAGAUGGGAUGGAGCAAGGAGAGAAGGACACAGCAAACUCUAUGCUGAUGGAGCAUCACACUUUGUGGGAUGAACCACUGAAAAUUACAAUGUGUUUAUAUUUUUGUGGAAACUCAUAUUCUUGUUCAUAUCAAAUGUACCUUAUGUAAGCUUAGCCCUUUGUUUAAUGUGUAGCAAGCAGCCCGUCUAUUUUUUCACAUAGCUUAGUUUGCACAUUUUGUGAGCACCAUCAAUUUAAAUGCACCAAAGAUAUUUAUUCAUUAAAUCAUACACAUUGUUGGUAUUUUCUAUAUUACAUGAAUACAUCGAACAUCCCUGCUUUUCACUUAAUUAAGAAAAAUAAAAGAAAAUAUUGGUCACACUGUCA